AUGGAUAUCGAAUCAAUCAUACAUUCUAGGCAGCAAUUCGCUAUGAAUUGGCUAUCUAAUUACAUCAACUUAAGCCAAAUUUUUACUGCCUAUUAUUCAAAAUUUGUAAUGGCUCAGCUCUUACCAUUUUUUUCUAGGUUGCUUGAGGUUAGUUUUACGAAUUUUUUAUAGCUGAGCAAAAUCAGUGGAAGCAAAAUUUAAUUUCUCUUUAGAUAUGAUAAUUCUAGCUACCUAUUUUGAAAAAAUAGCUCUCAAUUUGCUCUAAAAAAUCAGUAAGAGGUCAGUCAUUGUAUACUCUUAUUAUAUUCCCUACAAAAAUCAUUUGAGGCCUCAACAAUUAAUCAGAAACUAGACAAAAACUUACUGUCUCUGAUCGAUUCAAUUUAUUUUUGAUUUUUUUUAUUUUACAAAUUUUUUGAAAUAUAAUUAUCGGUAAAUAAUGCAUCUUUGUUAGUAGCUUGAAUGCUAAAAAUAAUUUUUAUCGAAUAUUUAAAAUCCAGAAAAAAAAAUUAGCAAAAAAAUCUUGGUUAAACCAAAGCAGUUGUUAGCAGAAAAAAUAGAAAAAAAUAAUUUUCAUUGUACAGUUUGCAAUAAAGAUUUCAACUCCUAUAAAGGUUUAAAGCAGCAUAUAGGUAAAAGCCACGACAAUACAGUCAAAAAUUUUUGCUGUGAGACUUGCAGCAGGCUUUUCAACAAUAAAUAUGCUUUGAAAUUCCAUAUAAGGCAGGUGCACGAAAAAUCAACCGCUGUGAAGUGCGAUGCAUGCGAAAAAGUAUUUUAUAAUAAAUACAAACUGAAGGAGCACUCAACCAAAGCCCACAAUAAUUUAUAA